GUACUUGCAGCAUCGAUACUUGCAGAUGUGAAUUGCUUUCCAUAAAUUUGAUAAACAAAACGCAGAAUGGCUGCAAAUAAUACAACAGAUGAACAUUUCGAAGGCGCCGACUUCGAUGAGGAUGUUGAUGAUGAGCAAAUGGUCUCCACCAAUUCGGGCCGCAAGCGUCUUUUCAGCAAGGAACUGCGGUGCAUGAUGUUUGGUUUUGGCGACGAUAAAAAUCCUUAUACGGAGACAGUCGAUCUACUGGAGGAUCUGGUUAUUGAAUAUAUUGCCGAGACCACACAUCGUGCUAUGGAAAUUGGACGCACUGGUCGUGUCCAAGUAGAGGAUAUUAUUUUUCUCGUUCGAAAGGAUCAACGUAAAUAUGCGAGAGUCAAGGAUCUACUAACCAUGAAUGAGGAGCUUAAGAAAGCGCGCAAAGCAUUUGAUGAGAUUAAGUAUGUGGGCACCGAGGGAAAACUCAAAUGACACAACCAGAAGAAGCCGAACUCAACUUAGACUUAAGCUUAAUUUUAAGCAUAACUAAUACUUUAUUUGUAAAAU